AUGCCACUCGAAAUCUUCAAAGCCCCAUCCUUCCUCAUGUUGCUUUUGGUCGUGCUUCUCAAUUAUAUGGCUGUCGGUACCUUGAUCUGGUACCAGGUGUUAUGGCUCCAAAAGGUCUGGCAUUGGUCCCCCCUCCAAUUUGCUGUAGGCUGGACCCCAUUCGUGAUCUGCGCCACGGGCGCUGCCUGUCUCGCAGCAUGGAUGAUCCCGCGAAUGGCAGCACAAUGGAUCCUGGCCAUUGGGACGGUCACGAUCUUGAUUCUAAUGUGCCCAUGGCGACCGUGCCCAUCCACCAAUCUUACUGGCCCCAGAUUUUUCCUUUCGGUGGUUCUGUUCUCAUUCUGCCCGGACUUCGUGUACACGGCUGGUCAAAUAAUUGCCAGCAACUCCGUCCGUCGAAAUCAGCAAGGGAUUGCUGCGUCCGUCAUUGGCACCCUGAAUCUAUAUGGAAACAGUCUCGGACUCGGGUUUGCAUCCACUAUUAAGGUGCAAAUUGCCCGACAUUCGGGUAGCCAAAUCACGGGGUACCGAGCGGCACUUUUGUUCGGGGUUGCCAUCAGUGUCUUAGCGCUUAUACUUGAUGUCUGCUUUGUCCGAAUAGUCAAAGAUGAUCGGGAGGGAUGGCAUGAGGAUGACCACAUGGAGGAGAGAGGAGAUUGA